CUUUGAGAAUAUGAAAAUCGGUCAUAAUUGUUUAUGCAAACACCAAUUGUAUUAGUCGGUUAUUUAUUUAUUAUAAAUGAAUUAUUGGAAUAUUAUUGAUUUUAAUUAUAUUAAUUAUACACUCUUCUUAUUUACGAAAGCUUCGGCUCUCUCAAAGUUACGAAAGCCAUAGUUCCUUUCACUCGCCAAUCCGAGAUCAUGUACAGGUCUGCUGUUGCCGCCAGGCUGCUGAGAGAUACAGCCGCCGCACAGAAAGGUUCUGGUUGGCUAAGUUCGCUCAAUCAUUCCAGGCGGUUUGCUCAUUCUUUGCCCUUCGCAACCGUAGAUGCUGAAGAGUUAUCGGGUGCUAGACCAGCUGAAGUACAAAACCUGGUGCAGGGGAAAUGGGGAGGAUCUUCUAGGUGGAACACAAUUGUGGAUCCUUUAAACGGGGAACCAUUUAUUAGAGUUGCUGAAGUAGAUGAGAAAGGCAUCAGGCCAUUUGUGGAGAGCUUGUCCAAUUGUCCUAAACAUGGGCUGCACAAUCCAUUUAAGUUGCCUGAGAGGUAUCUUCUUUAUGGGAACAUAUCCUCGAAGGCGGGGCACAUGCUUUCAUUACCAAAGGUUUCUGAUUUCUUCGCAAGGUUAAUACAAAGAGUUUCCCCGAAAAGUUAUCAGCAAGCGCUUGGUGAAGUUCAAGUCACACAAAAGUUUCUUGAGAAUUUCUCCGGUGAUCAGGUUCGAUUCUUGGCAAGGUCGUUUGGGGUGCCUGGAAAUCAUCUUGGACAGCUAAGUACUGGCUUCCGAUGGCCUUAUGGCCCAGUUGCCAUUAUUACUCCUUUUAAUUUCCCACUUGAGAUUCCGGUUCUUCAGUUGAUGGGUGCACUAUAUAUGGGCAACAAACCCCUGCUUAAGGUUGAUAGCAAAGUAUCCAUUAUUAUGGAACAAAUGAUGAGACUACUUCACUAUUGUGGGUUGCCUGAGGAAGAUGUUGAUUUUGUUAAUUCGGAUGGGAAGACUAUGAACAAGAUACUAAUGGAGGCAAAUCCACGGAUGACACUGUUUACUGGUAGCUCGAGAAUUGCAGAGAAGUUAGCUGUUGACUUAAACGGUCGUGUCAAGUUGGAAGAUGCUGGAUUUGAUUGGAAAAUUUUGGGACCUGAUGUUGGUGAGGCUGACUAUGUUGCUUGGGUCUGUGACCAAGAUGCCUACGCAUGUAGUGGUCAGAAGUGCUCUGCCCAAUCCAUUCUAUUCAUGCACGAGAACUGGGCUGCUACAGCACUUCUUUCAAAAUUGAAGGAGCUUGCAGGACGGAGAAAAUUGGAAGAUUUAACAGUUGGCCCUGUUCUGACUGUUACUACCGAGGCAAUGCUGGAUCAUGUGAACAAACUGCUUAAGAUACCCGGGGCAAAGCUGCUCUUUGGUGGGAAGCCACUGGAGAAUCAUUCCAUUCCAUCCAUCUAUGGUGCCGUAAAACCAACAGCCGUGUAUGUCCCUCUGGAUGAAAUUCUGAAACACGGCAACUAUGAACUUGUGACCAAAGAAAUAUUUGGACCAUUCCAGGUGGUGACGGAGUACAAGAAAAGUCGACUCUCCAUGGUUUUGGAGGCUUUGGAGAGGAUGCAUGCACAUUUGACAGCUGCUGUAGUUUCAAACGAUCCCCUGUUUCUGCAGGAAGUUAUUGGUCAGUCUGUUAAUGGCACUACUUAUGCUGGGUUGCGGGCAAGAACAACAGGAGCUCCCCAGAACCACUGGUUUGGACCGGCUGGGGACCCGAGAGGUGCAGGAAUUGGAACUCCAGAAGCCAUUAAACUGGUUUGGUCUUGCCACCGCGAGAUCAUAUACGAUAUCGGUCCUGUGCCGAAGCAAUGGGAAAUUCCUCCGUCUACUUGAGCGAACCCUUCCAUUAUUGUCUCCCGCUCUGUUUUAAACCAUUGUAUGUAGCAGACUGAUGUAUGAGAAGUAGCCAACCCGUUUCUUGACUACGUAGCCAAUUGCCUUGCCAAUAAAAUGAGCGGAAGCAUGUUCUGUGUUGAUUGUUCAGAGUAUGAACCGCUUAGAGGAAAUUGAGGAUAAGAACCGAAACGAAUCAGCAUAGAACGUCAUAAGAAACAGAGGGAAAAUGACGAUCAAGAACCGAAACGAAUCAGCAUAGAACGUCAUAGGAAAUUGAGGCAAAAUAGGUUCGAAGUUUAAUCAAACGUGCAAUUUGCG